CGCUGGGAGAGGGACGAUAAGCAGCUCACAGGCAGCUAUGCGGCCAUGUUUAGAACAAAGUCUGUUUCUGUUAAAUUUAGAGCUGUUAUCGGACGUGGCUCUCCUUCCUGAACGCACUCUCUUCUUCUGCUACUGCUGCGUCAAGACCAGAGGUUUAAGGGUCAAGUGUCACCAUGAGCCCAGCCAGGACCACGUCACUGUUCUCCACCUAUCAGCUGCUUUUCUUGUUGACCAUCAUCUCAAUUGAACUUCCAUAUUCUGCAUGCUCUACUCUGACCCUCACGUCCAACAACACACUCAGCAACCGCACCAAAUGUGGAGGAGCUACCGGCUGCAUUGAAGGCGUUAUCCUGCCAGUAUGGAAGCCAGAAAACCCAGCCUUCACCGACCGCCUUGCCAGAGCUACCAUUUACUUUGUGGGGCUGGCGUACAUGUUCUUGGGCGUCUCUAUAAUUGCUGACCGCUUCAUGGCAUCCAUCGAGGUCAUCACCUCCCAGGAGAGACAGAUCACCAUCAAGAAACCGAAUGGUGAGAAGAUCACCACGACGGUGCGUGUCUGGAACGAGACGGUGUCCAACCUGACCCUGAUGGCACUGGGUUCCUCCGCCCCAGAGAUCCUCCUGUCAGUCGUGGAGGUUUGUGGUCACAACUUUGAUGCCGGUGAGCUGGGCCCCAACACCAUUGUAGGAAGUGCCGCCUUCAACAUGUUUGUCAUCAUUGGCCUUUGUGUAUCUGUCAUUCCUGAAGGAGAGACCAGAAAGGUGAAGCACCUCAGGGUGUUCUUCGUCACCGCCACCUGGAGUGUCUUUGCGUACACCUGGCUUUACCUGAUCCUGGCCGUCUUUUCUCCAGGUGUUGUAGAGAUAUGGGAGGGGCUUCUCACACUCUUCUUCUUUCCCAUUUGUGUUGGAUUUGCUUACGUGGCUGACCGCAGACUUCUUUUCUACAAAUACAUGUACAAACGAUACAGAGCAGGGAAGCGGAAAGGAAUGAUCAUCGAAACAGAGGGAGAACCAGAGCUUCCCUCGAAGGUCGACAUCGAAAUGGAUGGGAAAAUGCUCAACUCCCAUGGAGAGGAGACGGGGUUUGAUUUUAAGGAGCUGGAUGAGGAGGAGGCCCGCAGAGAGGUGGCCAGGAUCCUGAAGGAACUUAAACAGAAACAUCCUGAGAAAGAGAUGGAGCAGUUGAUGGAGUUAGCCAAUUACCAAGUUUUAACACAGCAACAGAAGAGUCGGGCUUUUUACCGCUGUCAGGCGACCAGGAUCAUGACAGGAGCAGGCAACAUCCUGAAGAAGCAUGCUGCUGAUCAAGCCAAGAGAGCCACCCAGCACGAUAUCUGCUCUGAGGUUUCAUUGAAUGAUUUUUCCUCCAAGGUGUUCUUCGACCCUGGUACCUACCAGUGUCUGGAGAACUGUGGCAGUGUAGCACUGAAUGUGGUGCGCCGUGGUGGAGACCUAAUGAGCACAGUCUCAGUGGAUUACAGGACUGAAGAUGGCACCGCAAACGCUGGCUCAGACUACCAGUUCACUGAAGGAACUAUUGUGUUUAAACCAGGUGAGACCGAAAAAGAAAUCCGGAUUGACAUUAUUGAUGAUGAUAUCUUUGAGGAAGACGAGCAUUUCCUGGUUCACCUCAGCAAUGUGAACGUCAUUUCAAAGUGUGAUGGCUCAGACGAGUGCGAGGCAAAUCAUGUGGACGCCCUUGCAGGUUUAGGUCUGCCAUGCACGGCCACCGUCACCAUCUUUGAUGAUGACCACGCAGGGAUCUUUACAUUCGAGGAGCCAGUGGUGACUGUGAGUGAGAGCAUUGGGGUGAUGGAGGUGAAGGUGAUUCGGACCUCGGGAGCUCGUGGUGUUGUGGUAGUGCCAUACAAAACCAUGGAGGGGACGGCUAAAGGAGGCGGGGAGGACUUUGAGGACACACAUGGAGUCCUGGAGUUUGAGAACGAUGAUAUCUGGAAGACCAUAGCCGUUAGAAUAAUUGACCAUGAGGAGUACGAUAAGCAGGCCAGCUUCUACAUAGAGCUGCAGGAGCCAUAUUGGAACAGGAGGAGAUGGACAGGUGCAAAGAGGCACCUUGACCUCUCUGGUGGAUUCGUCAAAACAGACAAACAGCUGUAUGGCAAAGACAUCUACAGGAAGGUCCAGGGACGAGACCACCAAGCCCCCUCCGCCAUCAUCAACAUCACAGAGGAGAGGGGUGAGGAGGUUUUGACCAAGAAGGAGGAGGAGGAGAGGCGGAUCGCGGAGAUGGGCAGACCGAUGCUGGGUGAGCACGUCAAACUGGAGGUUGUCAUAGAGGAGUCAUAUGAGUUUAAGAGCACCGUGGAUAAACUCCUUAAGAAGACCAACUUGGCCCUGGUGAUCGGGACUAACAGCUGGAGAGAGCAGUUUGUGGAAGCCAUCACAGUCAGCUCUGGUGAUGAUGAUGACGAUGAAUGUGGCGAGGAGAAGCUGCCCUCCUGUUUUGACUAUGUCAUGCACUUCCUCACCGUCUUCUGGAAGCUUCUGUUUGCCUUCGUUCCUCCCACCGACUACUGGAACGGUUGGGCCUGCUUUGUCGUCUCUAUCUCCGUCAUCGGCAUGCUGACGGCGGUGAUUGGUGACCUUGCGUCACAUUUUGGGUGCACAGUUGGCCUCAAAGACUCCGUCACUGCUGUGGUGUUCGUAGCUUUGGGCACAUCUGUACCAGACACCUUUGCCAGUAAGGUGGCAGCCACCCAGGACCAAUACGCUGACGCCUCCAUCGGCAAUGUGACAGGAAGUAAUGCUGUCAAUGUCUUUCUGGGUAUUGGUGUGGCCUGGUCCAUCGCUGCUAUCUACCACUACUCCAAAGGCCAGGAGUUCAGGGUUGACCCAGGCACGCUGGCCUUCUCCGUCACACUCUUCACCAUCUUUGCCUUCAUCUGCAUAGCCGUCCUUAUCUAUCGCCGCCGGCCCGAGAUUGGCGGGGAGCUCGGUGGACCCCGAGUGCCCAAGAUCCUCACAACCUGCUUGUUCUUCAGCCUGUGGUUAAUGUACAUUGUCUUCUCCUCACUGGAGGCCUACUGCCAUGUAAAGGGCUUCUAAAAGUUCUGCUUUUGACGGGUCCUGAACUGGUUCAUGAUGAACAGUUCUGAUGGAUUUCUAAAGGUUCCAAGAGGUUCCUGCAUAUUCUGACAGGUUCCCAUAAUUUCUGUUAUUUGUCUAAAGGUUAGGUAGAUAUCUAAAAGGUUGUAACAAGUUCCUGACAGUUUAUGGAUUCCUAAAGGUUCUAAAGGACAUGUAACAGUUCUGACAGGUUUCUGAAAUCCAAAUAGUUCUUUUUUGAUGAUCUGACAGGUUUCUAAACAUGGAUUAUUAAAUAUUGUGCUGGACUCUGUAUAGUUAUUUUAUGUUCUUUAGUGGUCCAACAGCUUCAAAACAACUUUGAUGGGUUUCCAAAGGUCCCAAAGGUUCCUGAAGAAUUCUACAGCUUCUUGACAGUCCUGAUGCUUUCCUAAAGGUUCCAAUAGGUUUCUGCAUAAUGUGACAGGUUCCUAUCAUUUUAGAAGGGUUUGGAUAGGGUUCUGCUGGGUUCUGACAGCUUCCUAUAAUUUGUGUUAUUUGUCUGAAGGUUCAGAUAGACUAAAUAUAAUAGUCUAAAAGUUGUAUCAGGUUCCUGACAGUUGAUAGAUUUCUAAAGGCUCUCAUGAAUAUGUAACAGUUCCAACAGUAUUAUGGCAAGAUUCUGAACUUUCUGAAGGCUUGGAUGAACUCUUAGUAGUUUUUUUGAUGAUCUGACAGGUUUCUUAACAUUGUGACGAAUCUCUAAAUAUUCUAACUGUAUUGUUCUUUUAGGUUCUUUUAAGGUCUAACAGGUUAAAAACAUCUGUGAUGGGUUUCUAAAGCUCCCAAAGGUUCCUGACGGAUUCUACGUGUUCUUGACAGUUCUGAUGGAUUUUUGUUACUGUAGAAACUUCAAGAAUCCUGAAACUUUUUUUUUUUACUUACUCUGGUGUCCAUAUUGGACUGUUCUCUGGCUGCUAAGUGCUGGUGACCUCCAAGACUGGACUAUCUUCAUCCUCACAUACCUCCCGAACAUUUAAAGACAUUUACCUGUAUCAUAAAUCUUCUUCACCUGUACCUUUAAGCAAUGUAUAACAUAAACCAUUCUAAUUUUGUCGUGCAACGACUUUGAACCACAACCACAGUAGUGAUGACAAACAGCCGUGGUGAUGAAGGAGGCAGCUCAUGUUGUAGAAUUCUGAAAACCUGCAGGACUUUUGAUGUUAAAGGCGACUGGAGCAGUAGUGUUGCACCUAAAUGAAUAUCUGCACUGAGUUUGAAAUAUAGUUAAUUUUGCGCGUAGGAGGAUCCUGAGUUUGGUCUUGAAGCCAUUAAAGGUCUUUGCUGAAUCGAGACCAUGAACUCUUUAAAACAAAGACAGCUGAGUUGAACCUGAGCUGCUGCGGCAGUGGAUUCAAAAUGUUUAGAAAAUGUAAUUGUGUCUGUUUGUGUGUGAGAGCAUAUGUAACCUCAAAGAACACCGAGAAGAAGAGACGUCUGUCAUGAUGUUCUGUGAUAUGAUUGGUUGUUUGGAAACAACAGCCAACUGCAAAAUGGAUGCCUACUGGAUGACGUAAACACGAGAGCUGUUGCGUAUUAUCUGACAACAUAAUGCAGUGUCUUUCCUUCAAAUAUUAAAGUACAGUGUUGUCUUUCCUCUUGAA